AUGUUUACGGUGGACAAGGCGGAGAUUUCCCUUCACCAUUUCCGCUUGCGCCAGUCCGAGGAGUCAUCCCGCGGACAUGACUUCAGGGGGGGCGGUGAUGGCAGCCGGGAUGACCAUCGCCGCCGGCAUUUUACGGAGGCUCCUGGCGGCCAGCCGGGAGCUAAGGGAGGCGCCAAGGGCGCCUAUGAUGACGAACUGAGUCGGCGUCGCUUCGAUGCCUCCGCACCAGGGCCGCAGUUCCAAAAGGGAACCGGGGAGUGGAGAGCGGGCGGCGGGGCUGGCGGGGAUUGGGAGGAGCGGCGUAACGGGGACGGGUGGAGGAACCGCGGCUACACAGAUAGGACCAGUGCAGGGUGGGGCGGUCAGUACGGCCAACAACAGCAGCAGCAGCAGCAGCAGCAGCAGCAAGGACAACAGCAACGCUUUGGGCGCGGGGGACACUACGAUGCGAGUCAGCAGCGGCAGCAGCAACAACAGCCUGCGAGCAACAACGCGGCAGGGAAUGGAGUCGCGGGGGCCCAAGGCAACCGCGGCAACAAUGUCGCCGACCGUGCUCUUUCUCCUAGGCACACCGCAGCCAAACGCGAUGUGGGAGGACCUGAGGGAGGAGGCAUCGCUGCGGCUCACCAGGUCACAGCAGCCGCCGCCGGCGGCGGCAACAACAGGUCGCGGCCGCAGCAACGCCACAUCUACACCGUGUUGGGCCGUAAUAUUCAGGACUUGGUGGUGCAGCUGUCGCCCACUGCCCAGGAGGUCCGGGCCAAGGAACAGGUACUGCAGCUCGUACGGCAGGCAGCACAGGCCGCCUUUCCAGAGUACCUGGGCGUCAUGCGUGUGGAGCCGUUUGGUAGCUACAUGUGCGGCCUGGGCACCAAGUCCUCCGACAUCGAUGUGGUGCUAGUGGGCCUUGCGGAGCCGUCCUCCUCCCUGGGCUUCUAUAGCAAGGGGGAGCGACCCAGGGUCGCCCGCCUCUUGGACCGGCUCACGCCGCACCUGCGCUCCAGGCUGCGGGUGACCAAGCUCAUCGCCGUACGUCACGCCCGGGUACCCAUCCUGAAGAUCACCACCUCCGCGGGCGUCUCUGUGGAUAUCUCCAUAGCGGGGUUGAGCGGGCCGCAGGCAGCGGAGUACAUCAGGCAGCAGGUGUCCUCGUUUCCUGCUCUGCGGCCGCUGGUUCUGGUCCUCAAGAGCUACAUGCGGGAGCUGGACCUGGCGGAGGUGGCCAAGGGAGGAAUUAGCAGCUACGGACUGACGUACAUGGUCAUGGCGCAUCUGAUGGGGCCUGGCUGGCGCGCCCGCGGACCCCGUACCAGUUCCCACUCCCGCUCCAUGUCUUCGUUUUUGUCCUUCUCUUACCCCUCACACCCCGAUGAGCAGGAGGAGUCCCGUCGCGGCUCUGACCCCACCGACGUGGGCGCGCUGCUGCAUUCGCUGAUGCGGCGCUACGGCCGCUCCUUCGACAUGGCCACCAUGGCUGUGUCCGUAGGACAUGGGGGCCUGGUGCCCAGAGGACAGCUGGUAUGCAGCAAUGCAGAGCACGCCGACCGUAUCGUCACCAUAGACCCCCUCACGGGCCGCAACAUUACGGAGGGCACCUUCCGCAGCGAUGAGGUGCUGGAUGCCUUUGCCCGCGCAGAUGCCUACCUGACUGCCUGGGCUGCGCGGCGGGACGAGGACGUGCCGCUGGACGCCGACAUCCUGGCGCCGCUGGUUUCCUCCAUACCAGACGAAGAUGACGAGCAGUACGUUCAGGAGUACGCGCCGCCGGCGAAUGGGGCCCAGCUGGGCAAGAGAGGCCGGUCGCAGGAGCUCGCAGGGGGGGGCGGGUAG